AUGAAACUCCUUUUAGUCGUUGUGGUCAUCACGUUCUCUUGCGUCAUCGCAGAGUACACGAGCAGAUACGACGAGGUUAAACUGGAUGAGGUCCUGUCAAACAAGAGAUUGCUGAAUGGCUACAUGAAGUGUGCGCUUGAUAAGGGGCCUUGCACUCCUGAAGGGAAAGAACUAAAGUUCUACAUAGUCGACGCGCUGAAAUCAGGUUGUGAGAAGUGCACUGACCGUCACCGCAAGAGCAUCAAGAAGGUGAUCAAACACUUAGUGAAGAACGAGCCCGAAUACUGGCAGCAAGCUGUAGACAAAUACGACCCUGACAAGAAAUACACCCACACGUACGAAAAAGAAUUAAAGAACUGGUAA